GCCUUACCAAAAAGUUAUGAAUGAAAUAAAAAUGACAGUUGAAAAAAGUAUACAGUGAGUAAAAAAUAGUGAAAAUGAACGGAGGAACAGCCUCAAAGAGGAUGAGAUACUCAAAUUCCCAGGUGCAUCAUUCCUUGGGAAUGCCCUCAGCCCUGUCAGAUAUUACUGGCCGCAGUUACAGCUACUAUCAGGGCAUGGGAACGUCGAAUUGGCGGCCUCCUCUGCCUCCUGGAGGAAUUCCUUCUCUUCUCUUCAAUCCCAUCCAGCCUCCACCACCACUCCUGCCACCAGCUCCAGCUCCAGCUCCUCCCCCGCCUCCUCCUGAGAGCCCAUCAACUUCACAGAGUCCCCAGACGCCGAAGUCGAGGAUUGUUGAAGAUGAGAAAAGCCCCAAAGAAGGAAAAUCCAAGGGCAGGAAGAAGACAAUGGCCAGCAGAUAUCCACGGAAGGCGUGGAAUAGGGAAGAUGCUGAGAAGGCAUUGGCUGUGGAGAAUGAAGAAAAUCCCGUGUGCACGAGAAAUUUGCUGAUAAAAUUCCCUGAUCCGAGGAUUACCAGAGAACUGGUUCAGGGCUUCUCGCCUGCCAUUGAGAGUGUGCACUUUCAGCAACCUGUAGCUCCUCGGUACUGCUUUGUCAAGCUCAGUCCCGAAGCUGAUGUGCAGCAGACAAUCCGGGAAUUGUCCAAGGUGAAAUUUGGGGAAGGGAACAUUUCUGUGGAAGUGAAGAAUGAGGAGCAGAAGUUUGAGUGUCCGCUGGAAGAGAUAGAUCCCUACAGUUUAUACGUUGGGAAUCUUCCGAAUAAAGUGACAGUGGCAGCUGUCAAGGAGAUCUUCUCGACAGCCGAAAAGGUCGAUGUGGGAUUUGCCCAGCGAAUGAAGUUCACCAGGUACGCCUUUGUCCGCUACAACACCGUCGACGCUGCCAUUGAGGCUUUCCGGAAGACUCGGAACCUCGUCUUUGAAUCCCGGAGCCUCAAUGUGCGCUUCUACAGGCACAGAGCUUCAAUUGGAAUGCCUGGAGAAAUAAGAACUCCCAUGCCCAGAAAGACUCCUGCCGUCAAGACUCCCGAAGCCACCGAAGAAGAUCUCCCUGAACCUCCUCCUCUGCCAGCUACUCCACCAACAUCAGCUCCUCCUCCUUCACCUCCUCCGCCGCCUCCGGAAUCCGUAGACUCCAAAGAAAAUGUCCUGGAGGAAGCCUCAAGGCUGAUCCAGGACUCAACUCCAAGCGAAUCUCCUUCCCUGGACCCAGAAGUCCACGUAAAGACAGAAUCUGCGGAGAAUUUUCCUUCCAAAAGUAUUAAGACUGAACCUCUGGAUCAGGAUCUGGAUGAUAAACUCUACGACAAGCUGAUCAGUGCUCAGAGCGAAAUGGAGCAGUCAGAGGGUGAAGAUUUUGAGGAGGAGGAUGAGGAUGAGUCGGAGGAUUUGAGUGAAGAGGAGACUAAUGAUGAAGAAGCCCUCAAAUACGGUCAGAAUCAUUGGGACAUCCUGCGGAAGGAGGAAGAAUGGAAGGAGAGUAAGUAUCAGCCAACAAAAAGCUCUGCAGCAACUCUUUCGUCUCUGUCCUCAUCCCUUGAACCCAUUGACCGUCUGUCAGCGAUCUUUGGUAACGACUUUGGCGAUUGUGAUGAGAAAAUCGACUCAGAAAACGAUGAUUUGUUCAACGAACUCAAUCCAGAUGAUUUGGACGAGGACGAGUUUAAUGUUUUUAGUCCCUAAUGCCCUCAAACCUUUAACUUAUCAUACCCCUAAAUUUACUUCAAAAAGUAAAUUUGAAAAUAAUUCGUUAAAAAAAGGCUCUAUAUUUUACUGUACAAUUUUAAUUUAUACAUUAUUAGGAAUUAAAUUGAAAGUUUAUAAUGUAAUGCAUGAAAAUUUUCUAUAAUAAAGGAAGAAAUUCUAUGACUAA